AUGAUGCGUGGGCCGUACCAUAACUUUCUUAUGUGUUUAUUUAUCAUUAUGUGGUGUGGUUUCUUCAUUAAUGUCUUGUGGUUACUUCAUUAUGUCUCGUGGUUUCUUCAUUGUGUCUUGUGGUUACUUCAUUAUGUCUUGAGGUUACUUCAUUAUGUCUCGUGGUUACUUCAUUAUGUCUUGUAGUUACUUCAUUAUGUCUUCUGGUUACUUCAUUAUGUCUGUAGUUACUUCAUUAUGUCUCGUGGUUACUUCAUUAUGUCUUGUAGUUACUUCAUUAUGUCUUGUGGUUACUUCAUUAUGUCUUGUAGUUACUUCAUUAUGUCUCGUGGUUACUACAUUAUGUCUUGUAGUUACUUCAUUAUGUCUCGUCGUUACUUCAUUAUGUCUUGUAGUUACUUCAUUAUGUCUUGUGGUUACUUCAUUAUGUCUUGUGGUUACUUCAUUAUGCCUUGUGGUUACUUCAUUAUG